UCCCUUUUAUAUACCUCAUUUUCAUUAAUAAUAAAAAAAAAACUUUCCUAAGAAAAAACAAGAGAAUCCUUAUAAAUAAUCGGAAGGAGUCCAACAGUUUCUCCAACCUCCAACCAAUUUCAGAAUUUCUUUGGGAUUUAUCCACUUUUGAGUCUUUCUUUCUAAACCCACUAAACAAAUAAAUCUUUAGAAAUGGCGUCAAGUCAGUGGACGAGGUCGGAGGAUAAGAUGUUCGAGGAAGCUUUGGUGUUUUUCCCUGAAGGAUCUCCCAAUCGGUGGGAGAGAAUCGCCGAUCAGCUCCACAAACCGGUUGGUGAAGUUAGAGAGCAUUACGAGGCUUUGGUGCAUGAUGUCUUCCAGAUCGAUUCCGGCCAAGUUGAUGUCCCUGAUUACAUAGAUGACUCAGCGGCGGCGGCGGGUUGGGACUCGGCCGGUCAGAUCUCGUUUGGGACUAAACACAGCGAGGGUGAGCGGAAAAGAGGAACUCCUUGGUCGGAAAACGAACACAAAUUGUUUCUGAUCGGAUUAGAUAGAUAUGGUAAAGGAGAUUGGAGGAGCAUAUCGAGGAACGUGGUGGUCACGAGGACACCUACGCAAGUCGCGAGUCAUGCUCAGAAAUAUUUCCUUAGACAGAACUCGGUGAAGAAGGAGAGGAAAAGGUCGAGCAUACACGACAUAACUACGGUCGAUACUAGUUUAGCCAUGCCUGAUUCCAACAUGGAGUGGUCUGGCCAGCAUGAGAGCCCUGUUCAAACUCAGCAACAGAUCGUGUCGGAGUUCGGUCAGCAAUUGACUCCUGGUGGUCAUUUUGAGGAUUUCGGUUUUGGGAUGUGAUCAAAUAGGGGGAAAGAGAUUGGUAAUGGCUUUAGUUAGGGUUUUUACUCAUUUUAAUGUGAAUAUAGUAAGCAAUAGGAUUAGGUAUUUUCUGAUACUGAUGAUGAUGAUGACGAAAUAAUAAAAUAUUUUAUAGUAA